AUGACAGAUCCGGCGGCUAUCGAACUAGUGUCCAAGACUUGUCUGGACAAGGAUGAGUUCUCUCUGAAGUUCACCAGGACGGCUAUAGGCAACGGCUCUAUAUUUGCACCAGUAAACAUUUGGCACCCUCGCCGAAAAAUCAACUCUCCAUUCUACAGUUUGAAGAACUUGAACAAAAUAGUACCCCAGUUUGACACGCAGAGCACCAUCAUGGUGGACCUGAUGAGGGCUGAGGUCGGACGAGGGGAUUUCUCCAUCUGGGAUUACAUCACUACGUACACAUUCGAUUCUGUUGGUGAGUCUGCAAUAGGCACUAAACUAAAUUCGCAAGGGAACCCAAACCACUAUUUGCUGCAAGCCAUAGACGCAUGUACACACAUGGUGGCGAAGAGGAUUUUGCAGCCAUGGCUCCAUCCGAACAUUGUGUACAAAAGCUUGCCCGUCUACAAAGAGUUUCAAAAGCAUUUAGAAGGCGCCAAUGCGUUUUUAGAUGAGGCUAUAAAAAAGAAACGAACGGAAAUAAAAGAAAACAAAAACACCAAAAAAACGGACUGGUCGAUUUUUCUCGACGUAAUAAUCGAGUCUUCUGGAGGCAUGAACAAUGGCUAUUCCGACAUGGAACUUCGCGAAGAAAUAAUGGUGAUGAUGGUAGCCGGGAGCGACACGUCAGCCACAGGAGCCUGCUUCACCGCUGUCCUGCUGUCGCGGUAUCCUGAGGUGCAGGAGAGAGUGCACCAGGAAUUGCUCGAGGUUUUCGGCGACUCGGACCGAGCGGUCACAGCAGAAGAUCUGCCGCGACUGAAAUACCUGGAAGCUGUGUUCAAGGAGAGUCUGCGGCUCUACCCACCCGUGCCGAUAGUGGCGCGGGAGGUGCACAGCGAUCUAGUUUUACCAUCAGGCGUAACGCUAGUGGACGGCACAUCAGUUAUGAUCAACAUCUGGGGCGCGCACCGCAAUCCCGCGUACUGGGGCGCCGACGCGGAGCAGUUCCGUCCCGAGCGCUUCCUCGACGGCGCGCUGCGACACCCAGCGCAGUUCAUACCCUUCAGUUACUCUGUCAGAAACUGUAUAGGUCAAACGUACGCCAUGCUGUCAGCUAAAACAGCCUUAGCUAACCUGCUUCGGCGCUACCAUCUGCUGCCGCCGGCCGGCGCGCGCGCAGACGACUUACAGCGCCCUCUACCUGUCAAAUUCGACAUUAUGAUGAAGGCUGCCGACGGCUUUGCUGUCAGAAUAGAGGAGAGAAAAACUAUAUGA